GUGCUGCAGAGGAGCUCCGGGAGACGAUGCAGGAUCUUUGUCGCGAAGCGGAUGCGGAGCUCCUUCGGGAUCCUCCAGGCUGCACCUGGCUACCGGAAGGAUGCGAAGAUGCGCCACCAGAGAUCCGGGAAAAGCUGAUGCAGAUGACGGCGGGUGCUGGCAUGUUCCCGGCGGAUGCUGAGGUGGAUCGUCUCUGGAUCGAGAUGGAUGCUGCUGCGCACGCGCGCGGAGGUGCCGACCGCGACGGCUUGCCAAGCUGGAGUUUGAAGCGCUUCAGAGACGAAGAUUUCUCCUCCCUGUCCUUGGCAGGUGAGAAUGCUGCCUUCGUCGAUGAAGUCCAGCGGCGAUGGGGCGCUGUUCGCGAGGCGCUGGCUCGCGG